AUGGUUAAAGGACACGGUAAGCAUCAAUCAAAGAGAUUUGCUGGUAAAAAGGAGAAAGCACCAAAAAUAUCAAAGUACAUUACAAGAACACAAGCCAUUAAACGAUUGAAUUGCACAAUGGAACAGUUCAGAAAGAUAUGUAUUUUAAAGGGAGUGUCACCAAGAUUACCUAGUAAAGGACUAAAUACAUUAACACAAAAGAAAACGUAUUACCACAUUGACGAUAUUAAGCCAUUAGUUAAUGAUAAAGUAACACUUAAAAUUAAACAAAUUCGUGCAUUUAAAAAACAUAUUAGAAAAUUAACAGCUCGAAAAGAAUUUAAAACUAAAGAACAAUUACUUAAAACUAAACCAGUUAUUGAUUUAGCAUCAACUAUUCAAGAACGAUAUCCAACAUUCCAAGAUGCAUUAAAUGAACUUGGAGAUUGUUUGUCAAUGGUAUUUAUGUUUGCAUCAUAUAGAGUUUCAAAAGGAGAAAAAGCUGAAGCAGUAAGAUUAGCAAGAAGAAUUGCAAUGGAAUGGGAAGCAUAUAUUAAACAUACAAAUGCACUUAGAAAAUGUUUUAUUAGUUAUAAAGGGUAUUUUUAUACUGCUGUAGUAUAUGGAAUUGCUAUAACAUGGAUGGUACCACAUCAAUUUGCUAUUGAAAAGAAUGAAACUGUUGACUUUAAUGUUCUUCAUGAAUUUUUAUCAUUUUAUGUUGUUUUAAUGAAAUUUAUUAAUUAUAAAUUAUAUACAAAUGCAGGUCUUAAUUAUCCACCAGAAAUUACUAAAAUAAAUGGAGUAGAAUUUCUUGGAACAGUUCAAUUAGAACCACUUCAAUUACAAAAAGAAACAGAAGUUGUUAGUAAAGAUCAAGAUGUUCAAGAAUUAAAUGAAGCAUUGAAACAAGUAAAAGGAGAAGGAGAAAAUCUUGCAACUGAAAUGUUAGUUAAUCAUGACACUGGUGCAUCUGUUCAAGUUACAAGUCAUUUUGUACAGAGCAGUGGAAGUGGAUUAUUUUCAGGAUUGGUUUUUUACAUUCAAAGAGAAGUACCAAGACAUCCUGUUGCAUUUGUUAUUGAGACGUUAGGAGGAAUUAUAGUGGAUAAUGUUGAUGAUGAAAGUAUUACUCAUCAAAUAGGAGAACGAGGAGAACAUAAAAAUAUUGAACGAGAAUUUAUUCAACCCCAAUGGAUUUUUGAUUGUGUUAAUGAGAAUUUUAUUCUUCCAUGUGGAGAAUAUACUAUUGGUCAAAAAUUACCACCACAUUUAUCUCCUUAUGUUAAUGAAGAAGAAGAAGGAUAUAUUACAGAACGUAGAAAACAAUUAGAUGCUAUCAAGAAUAAUACUAAAUAUGAUUAUGAAGAAGAACAAAAGAAAGAAGAAGAAAGCAAGAAAAUACAAGUAAAGGAUCUUGAAAGUGAUUUUGUUGAUGGAUUAGUAGAAGAAAUGGGAGAAGAGAAGAAAGGAAAGGCAAAAGCACCUUCUGUCAGUAAAGAAGCUAAGAAAGCAGAACAAGAAAAGAAAAGAAAGAUGGCAGUUUUAAGUGGUAAAGACAGAAGAAUUGUUAUGAAGAAUGAAAUGCUUGAACGACGUCAAACAAAGAAAGUAAAUAAAUUUAAAGAAAGAUUAGCUAAGUCAAAAGAACAAAAAUAA